CUGGGAUGUUACUCUCACGGUAAGUGCAUUAGUCGCAGGUUAGCCGCGCCGCUAAUAAAGCUGUCGCUGCACAGAAGGACAAACCAGACUGGCUCUUUAUGUUACCUGCGCCUGCAUCAUUAGCGUGCUAAUUCCAGGUUACAAAAUCUAGGUGGGCACCCCCAGCAGCUCUCAUGUCUCCACACCAGUGCAUCGCUGGAAUCCAAAAACUGGGAGAGGAGAAACCUGAAAGUGUAUCCCCCUCAGUUGCCAGAUGAGCUGCGCAGACCGGCAGAGAUCCACCACAGUAGGAGGCAGAUUAAGUACAGUAAAGACAAAAUGUGGUACUUGGCCAAAUUGAUCAGAGGGAUGAGCAUCGAUGAAGCCAUUGCACAGCUGGAGUUUAAUGAUAAGAAAGGAGCAAAAAUCAUGAAAGAGGUCCUUCUUGAAGCUCAGGAGAUGGCAGUCAAGAACCACAAUGUAGAGUAUAAAUCCAACCUGUAUGUAGCCGAGUCAUAUUCUGGUAAAGGAAAGUACCUGAAACGGAUCCGGUACCACGGCAGGGGGAUGUUUGGCAUAAUGGACAAAGUUUACUGUCAUUACUUCGUCAAGCUGGUGGAAGGCCCGCCACCCAAAACGGAGAACAAGACGAGCUUUGACCAGGCCAAAGAGUACGUCCAGAAUCUUAAGAACCGAACCAUCAUCCACAGUCUGUAGAGCAGACAUCUGAUACAAGAUUUCAGUCUCACUGUAACCAUUUUAUGUCUGUAUCUUUUUUUUUUUUUCUGUAAAUAAAUACAUGAGAAUUUCUAA